GCAGCAGCAGCAGCAGCAGAAACAGCUUGCUGGCAUGCUUGCGUUGUAGAGAUUUCCUGUUGUCCACAGAAGGGAGGCAGAAGCCGAAGUGAAAGGAUGCCCCUUUCCCCUCCUGCCUCCCACCUCUUUCUUCCUCUGGCCUAUGGUGCCCUGAAAAGGAGCCACAACAGGUGCUACGGAUGGGCAUAGCCGAGAUGGAAGAAAGGAGGAGGAUGAGCUACCAGCAGGAUCAGCGCCGCCACUUGGAGCACAGUGAUGUAGAAGAGGAGCUCCAGAAUCUAGGGUGGUACCAUGACAGUCUUACUCGCCAUGCAGCGGAGGCGCUUCUUCUUUCCAAUGGUAGUGAUGGAAGCUACCUCCUAAGGAAGAGCGAUGGCAAGGCUGAUCUUUACUCUCUCUCAGUAAGAGCAAGGGAUUCUGUGAAACAUUUUCAUGUGGAGUACACUGGGUCUUCAUACAAGUUUGGUUUUAACGAGUUUCUAAGCUUGAGAGACCUGAUCAUGCACUUUGCAAAUCAGCCUUUAAUUGGCAGCGAGACAGGCACCCUGAUUAUAUUGAAGAACCCAUAUCCGAAGAUGGUGGAAGAGCCUUCCAUUUACGAAUCUGUGCGGGUUCACACGGCAAUGCAGACCGGAAAGACGGAAAUUGACCUUGUCCCCAACGCGCCGUCAUUAGGCACAAAAGAAGGAUAUUUGACGAAACAAGGCAGAAUAGUUAAGAAUUGGAAAACCAGGUGGUUUACACUGCACAGGAAUGAGCUGAAAUAUUACAAAGACCAGACGUCCACAGAGCCAAUCAGAGCGCUUGACCUAACAGAAUGCUCAGCUGUGCAGUUCGACUAUUCACAGGACAAAGUCAAUUGUUUUUGUUUAGUAUUCCCACUGAGAACAUAUUACCUUUAUGCAAAGACUGGAGUAGAAGCAGACGAAUGGAUUAAAAUACUGCAAUGGAAACUGUCGCAGAUAAGGAGACAAGCACGCCAGCGUGACUCAGGCACAUUCAGGCCGUAGCUAUUUCUUCAGCAAGAUCUGCCACAAAGGCCCAGGUUGGUUCAAAUUAAUGCUCCAUCAAAACUGUCAUUGCGAACAUAAGAUCUUCUGCACUGGUUAAAAGCAAAAACCCAUCAAGCCCAUCCAGAUGCCCAAAGAAAACCUACAAAGGUGGCAUGUUGGAGAUGCCAAUCUUUGUUCCCAGCAUUUGAUAACUAGAAGAAUGCGACCUUUAAAGAUGGAUAUUCAGCUUUUAGCUAUUGUGGCUAAUGGCUACUGAAGGCCUAUGCUCCAUGAAUUUGUCUAACCCUCUUUAAAAGCCAUCAUACGUAUUCACUAACAGCUGAUCCUCAUACGCUGAUGUCUAAGGUUCUACUUCCUAUGGUGUGAUUUCCACACACCUGCUGCACCAAAUGAAUGAACUUUCAGCUUAAAUGUCUUGGAUCUUCUCACAGCAUGGGUCAUUGUGUUACCUCUGAAGAUGUUCAUCCUUACACAUCUGGCAUGGACUGUUUUCUCAGCCAUUUACACCAUGUACUAUAGCAUAAGUGGACUUCUGGUCCCACACAGACUUCUGCAAUUUGUUAGUGACCCAUGACCGUGUCUGAGAAUGUUUGCUCCCAUGUGCAUUGCACCACAGAUGGAAAGAUUCAUCUCCAUCGACAUUGGCUAAUUCAAAUGGAACUUGUGUGUCGGAAUGUGCACCCAGCAAUAAAAUCUGCAUACAUUUAACACGUAUGCAGUGUUUGGUCUAGCAGGGAAAACCACAUUAGGAAGUUAUUUCUCUCACUUGCUGGAUCAUGGCAAAUGCAUCGGACAAGACACCCAUCUAGUCCAGCUUUUUAUCUUCCAUGGUGGCCAGCCAAAUCUUAUGGAAACACACCAGCAGCAGCGUGAGGGGGGGGGAUGUGUUCAGCAUACAAUGCCAAUAAUUCUAAGCCUCUCCCACAUGCUCUUUAGAAACCAAG